GUAUAGACCACAAGCACCCCCCGUUGCUCGGCCGCCGAUCGCAGGAAGGCCGGCUGCGAGAGUCGGCGUGGAACACCCACGUGCAAAUCGCGCCACCAUCAUCGUUUGAGGGGAUGUAUUCUGGAAUGUACCCACCCACCACCACCACCGAGCACCGCCUCGUCGACACGCAAAUGGGCCAUGAAAUGACCAAGGACACGGUUGAGCUGGACUUUGACGUGGUCCGGAACUACCGCCUUCGUGAGAUUGAGAAAGUGUACUCCGUUUGCAGCUAUGUGCACUCGCUCACUCCAAUGGAAUGGCCGUCGUUUAACACGUUUCGAGCGCGCCUUGUGCAUCGUGUCGUUUGCGUGGCGAGUUCGUUGGCGUUGAAAAGGGAGACGUGCCACUUGGCGUGUUCCUACCUGACAAGGAUUUUGCUGUCGAACUUGCUGCACCACGGCUACCUUGUCCCCACCUACGUCAAUUCCAUGAAGACUCCGGAGCAUCCAAGUGUGGUCAUUACUUCUGCCGCCGUUGUGAUCGCAUGCAAGAUUGAAGAAGUUAGCCCACCGUCCAUUCAAGAAAUCCUCGAGGCGGUGCAACGGGAAAGCGGCGAAAUCAUCGAGUUACAAACGCGGAAGCGGGGGCCGUCGGCGCGAUCGAAAUCCAAAAAGACCAAGCCCCAUUCCAUCUACACGACGAAGGAGGAAGUAGUUGCCGAGGAGGAAGCAAUGCUCAAGACACUCGAGUGGAAGCUGUAUCCAGCGACGUCUGUGUCGUGGCUGCUCCUGACGAUGGAGGGUCUUGGGCUGUACAAGGAUCCAAUCCAGUCGUCGCCGUGCUAUGUCGGGUACGACUACGAGUACUUUGGCGUAAAGCAACAGCACAACUCGCACGCUCGCGCGUCGGAACGGGCCAACGUGUUUCACAUCGCGUGUAAUCUCCUCGACGUGGCUCUCUUGCACGCCAAUUGCCUCCACUUCUUGCCGAGCAUGAUGGCUGCUGCCGCAUUAUUCCUGAUCGCGCCUGGGCACAACCUGUACGCGCUGGCGCACUUUUUGCACCUCAAGGCCGAGGAUGUGUGGGACUGCGUGACGUGGCUGCAGCAGUAUCUCCCGUACGCGGCCUCGCCAGUUCCUUUUUCCGUGUAUUCGACCAUGCAAUCCAAGCUCAAGAAAAUCCCGAGUGUCGACAAGUACGCGGUCCAAGUCGUGUCGACGGCCGUCGCGUACGCGUCGUUUGGCAUGUACAUGCCGCCGGCUGUCGACGACCAACUGCAGUACGAGCCCGAGACCGAGCGCGACGUGGUUCUCCCGCCGCUGUACCAGUGCUGCAUCGUCCCCGACGUCCAUUUUCAUCCAUCUCAGCCGUACAACACGGGGUACUUUGCGUAAACCGUUCCUAACAUGUUAUUUAUUUGGAGUUUCGACGGGCCAUCGCGCCAUCAAGUCGGCACCCGCUCGCCAUUCACACCGCCCAGGGUGUUCUUUG